AGAGACUUCCAGACUAUGUGUAUGUUCAGCCAAAGAUCCUCUUUCUGUUGCUGUUACGUGACGAGCAUACAUAAACUUAAUUUAUUCGGCCGUCGCAAUACUUUUCAGUUUCAGGAAAUGAAUAAGCAGCUAUCCGUGCCUUCAGUUGGGUCUGGAAAGUGUGGCUGUGCCACAUGCAGACCACUGCGGGGCUCGGCAGGGGAUAUGGGACUCGUCCUUGCUCCAGCUCGGAGCUUGCGACUUCAACACCUGGGAGGAGAUCUGUUGAAAUUUGAGACCGACAACACCUUUCGUCAUCUACUUAGCAACUUUGAGCCCCUUCCAGUCUUCUUGCCGACCCGGCUUCAAGUUCUGCAUUCGUGACUGUGCCAAGCCGGGCAGAGAGUUCCGCAUCCAUCAUGAGCGACCCACGGGAAUCGUCCUCUUACCGAGUGACGCCUAGGAUCCGCUACAACACCGUCGGCGGUGUCAACGGACCUCUGGUCAUCCUCGACAAUGUCAAAUACCCGAGAUACAAUGAGAUUGUUACCCUCACUCUCCCCGACGGCACACAGCGCUCCGGCCAGGUCUUGGAGGCUCGAGGAAACCGAGCGAUCGUUCAGGUUUUCGAGGGCACUACGGGUAUCGAUGUGAAGAAGACACGGGUAGAGUUCACAGGGGAGAGCUUGAAGCUCGGUGUCUCAGAAGACAUGCUGGGGCGAAUCUUCGAUGGUUCAGGACGUGCAAUCGACAAGGGCCCUAAGGUAUUGGCCGAGGAGUUUCUGGAUAUCAACGGCAGCGCAAUCAAUCCCUACUCGAGAGUCUAUCCCGAGGAGAUGAUAUCUACUGGUAUCUCGGCCAUCGAUACCAUGAACUCGAUUGCGCGUGGGCAAAAGAUUCCUAUUUUCUCGGCUGCCGGUCUGCCGCACAAUGAAAUCGCUGCUCAGAUUUGCCGGCAGGCCGGCCUGGUCCAGCGCGAAGGCGUGACGAACAAGGGUGUCCAUGACGGCCACGAGGAGAACUUCUCGAUCGUGUUCGCGGCCAUGGGUGUCAACCUGGAAACAGCCCGAUUCUUCACUCGUGACUUUGAGGAGAACGGGAGCUUGGAGCGUACCACGCUGUUCCUCAACCUAGCCAACGACCCUACCAUCGAGCGCAUCAUCACUCCCCGCCUCGCCCUUACAACCGCCGAGUAUUAUGCCUACCAGCUUGAGAAGCACGUCUUGGUCAUUCUCACCGAUCUUUCAGCUUACUGUGAUGCCCUCCGUGAGGUGUCAGCCGCCCGCGAAGAAGUUCCCGGUCGCCGCGGUUUCCCCGGCUACAUGUACACGGAUCUGUCCACUAUCUACGAGCGGGCCGGCCGUGUAGAAGGCCGGAACGGCUCAAUCACGCAAAUCCCCAUUCUUACUAUGCCGAAUGACGACAUUACGCACCCAAUCCCCGACCUGACAGGAUACAUCACAGAAGGCCAGAUCUUCGUCGACCGUGGCUUGCACAACCGCGGUAUCUACCCUCCAAUCAACGUGCUGCCGUCUUUGUCACGUCUCAUGAAGUCUGCCAUCGGCGAGGGCAUGACGCGAAAGGACCACGGCGACGUAUCAAACCAGCUGUACGCAAAGUACGCCAUUGGCCGUGAUGCGGCGGCUAUGAAGGCCGUCGUCGGCGAGGAGGCGCUGUCUGCCGAAGACAAACUGUCGCUGGAGUUCCUCGAGAAGUUCGAGCGCAACUUUAUUAGCCAAGGGCCGUACGAGUCUAGGACCAUCUUCGAGUCUCUGGACCUCGCGUGGAGUCUGCUGCGCAUCUACCGCAAGGAUAUGCUGAACCGAAUCCCUGCCAAGAUAAUCAACGAGUUCUACCAGAGAACACCGGCUGAUCGUAAGGGCAAGGGGAAGGCGCCGACCAAGGACACCAGGGACACGGCAGGGCCUGAGGAGGAUAAUCUAAUCGACGCAUGAUUACGACGGCCCGGUGAAGCGGCCUUGGCCCCUUGACAGGGUCCAUCUGUGUAGGCGGAAGUACCUGCCAAGGAUUAACGUAAGACCUGCUGUAUAUGUUCGGUUCAGGGACCGUGGUUGGUGGGAUUGCAGAUUGGAAUUGCUUUAUAGACCUCCUUGUCUGUCAAUUGUCCGACUUGUGGUACGGCUGUGUCCCACUGGUGAUACAUAGGCUGUCAUUGGAGCGCGUGUAAGCGUACACCAAUACACCUUGUCUGCCGCGUCCUAAGCUAAGUUACGGUACCGUAGGCACCCCGGACAUGGCCCUGUUACU